AUGAAUCCUGUUAGCAAUAUUAGUAAUAUUGUUGAUGAUGAAAUGUUUCUUAUUUCAUUGAAUCGACGAAUACCAUUGCAACAUUUGAAUUUGAUAUAUUGUCUUUAUAGUAGAUUGGAUGAACUUAUUUCAACCAAAUAUGAUGAUAUAUCUAAUAUGGUUCAAUUGACAUAUGGUAUCAAAUAUGAUGGCGUGUAUGCUGGAUUCGAAAAUUUUUGCGAUGCUUAUAAUGAUACAGUAACAUCAAUAUUAUUACAACGUUUCCAUAAAAAUGAUGUUGAAAUAAAAGAUCAACCAAUGCUGGAACGUCGGUUGUUCGAAAAUAUUUGGUUAAUUUAUUCAACGUCAUUAUUGAAAUUUUUCUUAUCAGCAACUGACGAAAUAGGAAUUCCACAUCAUAUUAGCAGUCGUGAAGAACGAAAUAAUUUUUUUACUGAUCAAUUGCCUCAAUUAGAACGUGAUUUUAUUUUAUAUUGGUCCAAUCAUUUGUCAAAAUUUGAUUGUGGUAGUCAAUGUUGCAAAGCCAUUGUUAUCGAUGGAUUUCAAAAGCCUGAUCGUUUUGUUUGUAAUUUUAUGCAGGAACUUGUUCAUUCGGAAGAGCUAGGUGAUAUUGAAUGGGGUUGUGGUUUUCGUCCAGAAAUGGUUCGAGAUAAACAAAAUCCAGGUUACUGGACGAAUACGAAAUAUUGUCCCAAACAUAUCCAUCUUGAAAACACGCAAUUAGUACAUUGUUCAACCGACAAGGAUGAGUAUACUGUUGUAGAUUGUAAUGUUUCUAGAACUGAUCGCUACUCUAAUCGUCGAACAUCCUAUGGAAUAGUGCUCACUAUGUACAAUUGUGGCAUCAUCGUAAAUUUCAACGAAUUAUAUAGAUCUGAAUCACCUACACGAGUACUACAUCAUUUAUUUACAACAAUUGAUUGCUUAUCACCAACAAUGUGA